AUGUCUGCGGGUAAUGCAUCCUGGCAGCCUCAGAUCCAUCACACAACUUCAUACCACCAACCAACUCAAUCCCCCAAACGUUUCGGGACGAAGCCAGUUGUAUUGGAUACGUACCUGCAUGCACAGCCAGGAGAGCCACGCCCAGUUGACUGGUUCCGAAAGCCACCCUAUAUGCCAAAAGCGGAUUUUUGGACAUCGACGCAGCCCAGCCCAGCGUCUUCCUCGCUACACAAAACAGCAGUGGCAAUUGAAAAGCCGAGAUAUGGCUGGUUUCAUUUGAUCAGAUCCAGUCAGACUUUGGCGUCUAUCGAUGGACAUGGUAAUCGGCGCAUGAUGGACGUUACGUUAGCGAUGCAGGCCUUCCAGAGCAAGCUGGUCGACCAAGCUUGUAUCAUGUGGCGCUUUCCUCUAGUGGAACUGAUCUUGCAACGGCAGCACUCACUCAUCCAAAGAAAUAGGUUGGUAGGCGGCCAAGAAUGGUACGCAUUCUUGACUCUGGGGUACAUGCAUGGCGCGGGGGCGAUAGUCGUUACAGCAGCCAUCAUCGAUCGGAGGGGCGCUUUCGCACAAAAGCAUUGUAAUAACAGCGUGUAGGGCAGCCGCACAGGGCCGAUCUGUCCCUCAUGCUCUUUCUCAACUUCUUCUUUAUGGAUCGCGAGAAAUCUCGUUACGAGGUCUACUUCUGCAAUCAAAUCUGCUUUGAUCGGUGCUUGACGCAUUCGAACCAAACUCCUCGCAGCCAGCCCUUUCAAAGUUUCAACACAGCACUCACUUACUUAUCAGAUGACCAUAACGUAAGGGACCACUACCAUUAUCGCUGGAUGCACACUUCUUCUCCCUAUUUCCUGACAUCACAUGGAAAGUUGUCCCGGUCGCGAUAAACAUGAUGUAUGCAAACCCUGGCACCUGGCAAGAACCGUACCGGCCUUACUCACCAGCUUUACAAUACGUACAAUACCCGUCGUGCGCUAAACAUGCGACGAUUACUGCAUCGAGAAAGAUUCUAGAAUACAAGACCACGCGCAGAGCCUCAAACCGCGAGCAGGACCGACUAUCACGUGCUUCACGCUCGCAACCAGAUGACCGUUUGGAAUGCAACACCU